AAACUCAGUCAGUUUCCAACCGAUUUUCGUCAUUUUUGCAGUAAUCGAUUGGAAAAUCAACCAAGCACCCGUCCAAAUGCAAAAAGUUGUAAUCUGAUUGUUCGAACGAUUGUACUAUUGAAAAUUGUCAAGCCUUGUCGAAACGCAAAUGUCGACCUCUGAUUGGUCGCACAAUGCUUCUUUCCCUAACAAGGUCGACAGAAUAUACCUAGUUGACUAAGAAUGUGCGCUUUGUGUUUUAUGUAUAAUUCAUUCCAUGAUUGUGCCGAUACCACACGGACGUUGGUUGCUGAUCGUGAAGAAGAAAGAAAAGCCGGGUUUCAAUCUUUGUCAGGGCGAAUAUCGCGCGCUAUCUGGACCAUGAAGCAUUUAUGCGAUAAUUCAAUGAAAUUUGCAACUGCAGCAACCAGUCUUUUUCAAGGCUGCUAAAUAUAUUUGGAAGAGCAUAAUAAAUGGUUAUUACUAAAUUUCAACUUUGAUUGCAGUUUGAUGCUGCUGCAAUUGCGCAGCAGUGUGAUGUAUAUUACGAUUCAUUAACACUGUGCAUCACAAGCGGUAUAUGCGAAACAAAUCCGAUUCCAAACAGAAAAGUUCAGCAAGUUCUGCUCACGGCGCUGAGUCCGUUUUAGAAAAUUCAUAAAACUUCAUUAACAAAUAUGUAACGUCUUUAAGAAGACGGUUGUUGCUUGACAUCACAGCAUAAUUACGACCCUUAUAUCCGAUACGAGAACGGGAACAUCUUCUUCCUUCAAGCCGUGCAACACACGAUACAUGUUAUAUUGUUGCCUUUAUAAGGCAACAAUAGGUUGACAAGAGAAAUGUAACAAUUUACUUGGAGCAGCAAACGUACGGCGGUCUGAACCUUGCGGCAAGUGUAAUAGUAGAACGUUUGUUGUAAUCCGCCAACCGGGAAGCAACCUAAAAUGUUUCUCCUUACAACGAGGUACGACCUGUUGUGACAAAUUUCCUGGCUCCUUUGUCGCUUGCCUCUGGUGCCAUCUCAAUGAUGAUACAGUUGUUGCCAGGAACACAGUUGACGAUAAAAUAAUGCGCUUUCACGUUCAAAUUUCGCUUAAAUACCGACAAACUGUGAGCAGCGUAGCCCAUCCUCUUUUUUACGAACGUAGUAGAAUGAUAUAACUGGAAAUAAUUUUCCCAGUUAUCUCAUUCCACAACGUGCGUAAAAAAUCUUUGUCAGAGCGGAUAUCGCGCGCUAUAUGGACCAUGAAGCGUUUAUGCGAUAAUUGAAUGAAAUUUGCAACUGCAGCAACCAGUCUUUUUCAAGGCUGCUAAAUAUAUUUGGAAGAGCAUAAUGAAUGGUUAUUACUAAAUUGCAACUUUGAUUGCAGUUUGAUGCUGCUGCAAUUGCGCAGCAGUGUGAUGUAUAUUACGAUUCAUUAACACUGUGCAUCGCAAGCGGUAUAUGCGAAACAAAUCCGUAAAUGUCAAUUCACUAAGUUUUCAUCAUUACAAACCAGUCACUUCUUACAGCAUCUCGAUCAUACUCAUGGUUCAUAACAAUUUACAGUAGGGGCAUCUUUGCCGAUUGAGGAUUCCGGCCUUUCUCUGGUUAAACUCCGUCUUCUUACAGUAUCAUGAAAUACAAACAAUCUUCAUAUUCAUAUACUUGACCAUGGAUUCCGACGAUACCUUCGGAAAAUUAAAAUUCUUUCUGCUUUGUUUAUUUUAAACAUUUAACAAGGCUGAAAUUAUUAACUGUUACUGCACAGUUCAAUUGUCUGGUGAAUACAACUAAUAUCAAACAUUUAUGAAUUGAUUAUACGAUUUUUUUUAUGUUUCUUUCAACAGAGUCGACUUGAGCACAUCGAUUAGUGCGUUUUCGACGUAGAAUUAUGUCUUACGGCAACAUAUAUAGGGGUACAAACUGUAAAACCGAAAGCAUCGAGAGCGUCACGAAUAUUGCCCACUUUCAAAAGUUCUGAACUCAGCUAGUUUCCAACGGAUUCCGUUUAUUUUUAAAGCAAAAAUAAUAUACGAAACAAAUACGGAAAAAUAUAUCGCUUCACACCAUUAAAAUGAUUAACCCUAAUCGAGUGUAUUUCCAAAGCUGUUGCAAAAAAUUAUUGACAUAAGACAGGCUGUCGUAAUUCUACGUUAACCUUGCGGUCGUUUCGUAUAAACAACCUCUUCCACUUUUUUGUAACAAAACUGAUUUUUCACCAGAGCAAUAUCAACUAAACAUGAAAAAAAAACAUAAUGAUUAAGAUUUUAGAAAUGAUUACGAUGUGCUUUCGUUUAAUUUUAUCUAGAAAAAUACACGAAAUGAAAAAAAAAAAAAAGGAGGCACUCAUUUCCCCUUACUGUAAGCGAUUUUAACUUAGUCAUGAAUGAAUAGAACCACACAGAAGAAAAUGUUUCACGAGAAGCGAGAGAAAUCAAAUGUGUACCCUAGACGUAGUCUCGCGUCAAAAAUAGUAUUAUAAGUUCACAACAAUCACUUAUCAUCGGUCAACAUCAAAUUGUUUCGACACGUUGUCGAUCUGCUCUAUAGCACAAAACAAUUACGUUUUAAUUGUCUUUCUGGAGUAUGCAACAGUGCAAUUAUCUCAAGCCUCGCUCGUGUUUGUAAACACAAAAGCUUCAGAGUGUUUGUAUCAGACCUGCUGAAAAUUCAGAGGCCAUCGAGGUAGCACUUGAAAAGUGGUAAUUUUUCGAGUUUCUGACUUCUAACAUAUCAAACAAAUUCAUCCAAUAUGCGAUUUUAUCGCAACAGUCGAAACAUACCUCAAACCAAGGCACAUCGACCUGACAGUCCCCGAGGUGUUGCUCAUAAUUAAAGUCCAAAUUCGACGCCCGGAAUUCCGGCAACAAGAAAGAGAAUGAAAAUCGAUUAGACACCACACUGAAACAACAGAAUCGUAGGCACCGCCUCAUUCGACCUACAGCUCCGUCCCAGACCACGGAACAGCGAUAACAAUCUCCAUAAUGUAACUCAAUUUGGCUGGACGCACGCUCACGUAGCACAUCGCCGUCACCUCAUUUCGGUCGCCAUUCGCCAGAUGGCGGCGAAAGAGGAGUGGAUUGGAUUGGAAGUCCCGAUUGCUGCGACAACCGACAGUUCCAGUAACCUUAUAACGCGGUGACAAAUUACUUUUGUUUUAUUCGUUCCUAAUUUCGAAUACAAAAAGGAAAUCGGUAACAGCUAUAGCAACUAGUGUGGUGGCCUCUCACCUAUGAGUGACAUGAGGUGACAAAUUUACGAGCUUUUAAUAGCUGAUGGAAUGAAUGCAUUGAAUGUUUGGGUUCGUUGAUUCCCGAAAAUAUGGUUCACUCUCGUUAGCGGUGCGAUGACACAAGCAUAAGUCGGCAGUGGUGUCCAUUUGAGCGUAAUUACAGAGUCUCCACUAGCCGACACAUAUCAGGGUUGGAAAGUCGAUGUCAUUAGCACGUUUUACAGCGCGUUUUCAGCCAAUUGGCAUCCCGUUGGUGUGCCGGGGUAAAUUAAAAGAUCAAAUUAGUAAUAAUUGUGCAGCAAUCCAACACCCUCGCUUUGGUAUGUUCCUUUUGAUGUGUGUAGUGGCUGUUUGCUGGCGAAGUAAGAGCACUGUCAAUAAUAGCGCCAAUUAUCGGUCAUUUCGCUUUACUUCGAUAACCCAACCUCAACAUUGUUUGAAUAAAAGUGACAGUAAGCGCCGGGUUCCGCGAAGGAUAGGAUCUGAUGAGACUAGUGCAACGAUGAUGUUGAUAAUGUUCGCCAUUUCUCCAACAGCUGAAAUUUCAUCCUUUCUGACAGUUAAUUGGAGUUGUAUUUCUUUCGUCACUUAACAUUUUAUUAAUUUCUCCACAAGGCCCGUGGUGUCACAUGCCGAACAGCGAGCAAAUUAGUAGAAGCUGUGUGUCUUCUGCUACUUUGCACGCGAAGAAUUACUAUAUGAACUGUAACACAUUAAAUCGUUCUGCUGACACAUCUCUGGUUCUUGCCUGCACAAAGUACAAUUGAGCGCAACACUAAUAACAGAGGCUCGUAAACGGCUCCCGGCAUCAUUCGCAAUUCAAACUAUUAGCACCCCAUUUGAACUGAAACCGCGCGUUCCCACUAAGUCUAAGCGGAAAAUGGCGUUUAUGAAAUAGAGCGAAACAAAAAAUAGUGAACCGACAGCAAAACGUCAACAAACAGUCUUUCGGAACGGUGCACUGACUCCUCGACAAUGUUGCUGAAGAGAUGGUGCUGCGUUCAAAUCUUUAAUUGCUGAAUGAUAAUAAGAACGAAGGAAUAACAGAGCAAAGAAACGAUCAGGGGAAAAAUGACGUCAAUUUGCUGCAGUUAAAAAUUACAACACGCAACUAUUCAUUCCUGUUUCCCAGCAAAACCUGUGACUCCUGUUGAGCGAGCUUUCUUAGUUCUUCGGUACAGAAGCAGACAGAGAUACACAGCAUUGCUUUUCAAUCUUAGCAUACGAAGGGCCUUCGAGAAGCCGGUUUGGAACGUCAUUGGACCUGGAAGUGCGUGAGACAUUAAUUGAUUAGUGCAACGGCAGCGUCUUUACAUUGUUGAGAGCCAAUUGUUCCCUGCCCAUAGGGGAUGCAAUUACUUUCAAUUGUUUUUUUUUCUUUUGUUUUUUCGGAGUAUUGCAAAUAUCUUCCAUAAGCUGUCAUGUUUAACUGAAUGAAUAAAAACUUAGCAGUGUAUUCUGGUCUGGAAAAGGUGAACUGAUAUUUUUAUUGAAAGCAAAAGUUGCAAGUUAUUAGCAAUAACAUUAUUAAUAGAAUGUUAUUUACUUGCAGCUCAGACAUUAAGAUUUUAAGGUCAUUCGUAUAUGAAAACCCACAUUCACCCAUUAAUAUUUCGAAUAAAAAUAAAUCCCAAACGAAACCGCCAUAAAGAGCAAACUUCCAAACGAAUGUUGCGUGCGGCAUUAUACCUUUACGGGUAAACAUAUUCACAACCAAUCGCUUACAUACCAGUAAGUGUCAUAAUUACCUCGAAUCAUAAAAGCUUUUCCAUUAUCAAAACACACCGAAGCACACCUCUGUGGCAACCACCCGGGGAGACCCUUCACCCCCAGCACAGCAGUUACCGCAGCGCACUUAAUGGCCCUAAUCGCCACCCAAAAACGAACUCCCGCUCCGAAUCGUUUUACCACUUUAAUCGAAUCAACAAAUCGAACUGCAUCAGGCGGGCAGCGGAUAGCUGUGCUCGCAGUCCAUUGGCCGGCUUUUUGUUUAUUUGACUGUGCCAAGCUGCCGUUGAACAUCGGCGGCCUCCAACUCCGAUGCCGAUGCUUUCCGCGCAACCAAAUUAGCCGCCACUGUUGGGCACUUCCACUACAUGCUUUUAGAUCGCUUUUAUCAAGUAAGUUUGAUCACGACUCCAAAUGGAUCACUUUCUGAUUGGAAUCGUUCCAUGACUAGCAAUUUUUUUCUUCUUGUUUCGAAUCGAUUCAAAGUUAGCCAUUUUUUGGUUUGAAAACCAAAAGUAAUUUUUUUUUUCUACCAAUAACCAACCGAGCGAAACGUCAUAUUAUCAGUGUCAACAUAAAAAACGGAGAAAGAGUGAAACAUCAGCAACAAAGUUGUUGCGAUACUUGUUAACUCGAGUUGAUUUGUUUACGGUGGUCAUUACUACGCCUUAUGGCAUCACCUUUUACAACAGCAAAGUGAUGCAAUAUAAACAUUGAACGAAUUCCGUACGUCGUCCCCCAAAUAAAAGCGGUGCCCGCGGGGUCAUACCGAGACGGGAGUAAUUUAUUGACAGUAAUUCGCCGGAAAGUAGACGGUUGCCUUUGACGGCUGCUGGUGGCCUCUCUGGAAACUGUAAAUGAGGUUAGAGAGCUAGUAGAAAUAGGCUCAUAAAACGCAGCUGGAAGAGCAAAGAAUGAGAGAGAGCGGCAGCAUCGUAAAAUCGAUUCCAGUUAGUGCUGGUGGGACCCUUCUGUUAGGAAGUAGGAGCAUGGUCAACAUAGAAGGAAAAGAAGGGGUGUUAUGAAUUAUUUUUUUUUCUCAAACGACUGUGGCAAGCCACAAAACCACGAAAAUGAUAAACGCCGCGUGUCUGAAUCUUGCGUAGCGCCAGUCGCUGCUGCCGUCACCACCACCACCGCCACCAUCGCCACCGACGGCGACGAUUGUUGUCUUUCUGUCCGUUCUGUUGAACACUGAAAAUAAUGACUUCCUCCCGCUUGGCCAGCAUGGGGAUCCGGGACUUGAAAGAAGAAUUUGAAAAAUUAGGGUAAAAAUUAGAAGCAGAAUUAAUGAGUUUUGAGCUGCGCGAGAAAGCCGAUUGAAUUAGUUGGAACUCAGAACUUUUUACAACCCGCGCUUCCAGACAAUGACUUCCGAACACAUCGAACAUCCGGGCUUGAGAGGAACACCACUGGCAAUGCUGGCAGCACAGUGCAAUAAACUGUCCAGUAAGUCACCGCCGCCCCUAGCGGAUGCCGCCGUCGGUAAAGGCUUUCACCCGUGGAAAAAGAGUCCGAUUUCUUCAGGACCACAUUCACCAAACAACCUGGGAAGUUCCCAAACGACAACCAGCAGUGCUGCAAGCAAUGUGAUACAAUCAACGGGACGAACGCUUUCAUCUUCAUCCGCCUCGUCAACCAGUCCGAUGUCAAACGUUACGACCAGUCGCCCAAUAACUUCGUCAUGCGCGGCUACCACAACGCCGUCCUACGGUAGUGACUUGUAUUUCCCGGGAGCCACCACAUCGCCAGCUUGUGCCGAAAAUCCGCACAUGCAGCAUGGUAUUCUAGGGAAAGUUGAGGGUACGACUCUCGGGUCGGUAUACUCGCGACAUCCAUACGAUUGGCCGUUUAACGCUGUUUCAGCAGCGACGGCACACAAAACCGAUAACAUGAACUCCGGCUGGUGGGAUAUGCACGGUGCGGCUGGCAGCUGGCUGGACAUGGGAAGUGCCGGUAUGCACGCCGCUACUAUGGCAAACUAUGCAGCAAGUGCUGCUGUCAGUUCCGAUUACUCAACACUGACACAUUCAUUGACAAAUACGGCUCACCUUCUUGGUACCGGGCAGCAUCUGCUGCAGGAUACAUACAAAAGUAUGCUACCAUCCCAGGGCGUCGGAAGCUUCGGUUUACCGCAUGCACCGGCUUCACCGGCACCGCCUACACCGCAAGCUCCGUCUCCUCGCAGUCAGCGCCGCUAUUCGGGCCGUGCCACCUGCGAUUGCCCAAACUGUCAAGAAGCGGAACGGCUCGGGCCAGCCGGAGUUCAUCUACGCAAAAAAAAUAUUCACAGUUGUCACAUUCCUGGCUGUGGCAAGGUUUACGGGAAAACAAGUCACCUGAAGGCUCACCUUCGAUGGCACACUGGCGAGCGCCCGUUCGUCUGCAACUGGUUAUUCUGCGGCAAGCGCUUUACGCGGUCCGAUGAACUCCAGCGCCAUCUUCGUACACAUACAGCAAAACACGUCAAAACGCACGGAACGACCUCAGCUGGUGGCAACGGAAGCGGUGGCACUGGAACAACCAAGAAAAAUUCAUCCGAUUCAUGUAGUGACUCCGAAGAGCAGCAUAGCCAAACCGAUCUCCACCAACAACAACAGCAACAACAACAACAAGCGUCUGGCGGUGGAGGCGGAGCUCCUGGUGGAGGUGGCGGUAUAGGCGGUAGUCCCGGUGCGGCCAGCCACGUUAGCCAUGUUGGUACUAUGCAACCCGGACUCUCCGGAUCUCUCGCUGCGAUGAGUGGACAUCCCGGUUCACUGAGUCAUCCAUCACAGCAACCCGGUGGACCACAUCAUCAUGCCCACACACCCAGCCCUGGGUUGGAACAUGUUAGCCAGUUGGAUGUCAAACCUGGUAUCGUUUGAGGUAUGCUUGGGGCGCCCUUUUUCAGUCACCAUCACCAGGUGGCGGGGCCCUUCUAGCAAGCGUUCUAGAAAUCCAGUGGAUAUUUAGUUCGGUAUCGCUUUUAAUGGUACAAAUGUUUUGGCUUCACUAAACGACAAAAGCAAAUUCACUGGUGACCUUAAUUUGCGAUUGCAAAUUCUGGUCUGGGUAGAGGGCCCGGUGGGAUAUUGGAAUCCUCCAUUUCUGCGGGUAACGAUGACAACGGAUCAACAAUUUGUGAUGUCUCUAAAUGUAAAUAGUAAUAAAACAAUUUUUGAUCAUUAAGCUGCUUCCUUAACCUGGAAGAGCUGUAAUUUAAUUAUUAUCACUAACUGUGUCUAUUCGUAUAGUUAAUCUGUUAUGAACGAUCUAGGGACAAAAGUCCGCACAUUCACUUACGAAUCACUGUUAAAUUAUUUUCCUUAACUAAAAGAAAAAAAACAACCAAUUAACUCACUGAAGACAUGUAGCGAAAAGGCAUGAAAAGCGAAUUAAUUUGACGUGGUCAUAAGCGUAUGAAGCGAAAAUAAAAGCAAAACUGUAAAAACAACUCGAUGUAAUUCGCUGACGAGGGCCCUACUAGUAUAAUCGUAAGCGCUAAGUAAAUUACUAUAUUUUAAUGUUUUUCGCAAGCAUCGUCAAAAACGAUAAUCCACUCUCUCACACUCACACAGACCACUUCAUGGAAGCAGCAUAACAAAAGAAAAUACUUAUCGUUAUAACUUACUGUAAAAUAAUUGUAACAUAUCAAAUAAAACGUAAUUGCACGUGAAGGGUUUUUUGUCUUCGAAUAAGCGAAAACCGUGUUCGGAUGAACAGGCACUUGUGCAAGGAUAUGAUGUUCUUGUAGCGCAAUAAAAAAAGAAUUGACAGAAAAUUAGGUUCACUGUUGUUGUGCAACUGCCAACGAUCACGUCCGAUAAAGGCAAACUAAUUAAACGAUUGAUAAGAGAGGGAGAGAGCGAGAGAGUAAAAAAAACCUAUUAUGACUGUAGUAUGUUGAAACAUGGUGAAGUUGUUGCAUUUUCGAGUAACACUCGGGCCGGCGCUAAUGGCAACGAAGACAGCCACCGUUUACGGAUGCAAGCCGGAAACAGCUUGCCCGGCGAAACCUCAUUGUUUAUGCGAUGAAUGUCCAAUUAAUCGUAAUAACCACUGAUGUAGGUAUUUUAGCAGGCAGGCGGAACAUGUAGACAGGGUAUAGAGUUGGUUCAAAGCCAGCUCAGAAAGAAGCAGCCUGCGUGCACCGCACUCAAAAGUGUAGUGAGUUUCAUCAAUAUGAUGGCAUUGAGCUAGGUAUAACUAAUAAAUUGAAAAUGUGAAACAAGUAAAACUUAAAACUAUUGAAUAUUUUAAUUAUUUUGAUAUACGUAAAGCAGAGAAUAAAAAGUUUAAAAUCAAACUGUAUGAAA